UUGCAGCCAUUUUACGCAGGAUGAACCCAAUCAUGUCGUGAGGGAAGAUCGCUGGUCACCUGGGCACAGCCAGCAGCCGCCGGUGGUUGCACACAGGCGGGCAGACAGGCAGGCAGACAGGCAGGCAGGCAGGACCGGCCAAGAUGGUGAAGAGGAAGAGCCUGGACGAAAACGAGCCGGAGUGCGGGAAAGGAAUACCGUUCCCCAUCCAGACCUUCCUAUGGAGGCAGACCAGUGCAUUUCUACGUCCAAAGUUGGGGAAACAGUAUGAAGCAUCUUGUGUGUCCUUUGAGCGGGUGCUGGUGGAGAAUAAGCUCCACGGGCUGUCGCCGGCCCUGUCAGAUGCCAUCCAGAGCAUCUCCCGCUGGGAGCUGGUGCAGGCAGCGCUGCCUCAUGUCCUCCACUGCACCUCCAUCCUGCUGUCCAACAGGAACAGGCUGGGCCACCAGGACAAGCUGGGCGUGGCGGAGACGAAGCUGCUCCACACGCUGCACUGGAUGCUGCUGGACGCCGCCCAGGAGUGCAACCACGAGCCCAGCCUGGGCCACGGCUGGUCCGCGGGCAGCAGCAGCAGCGCCUUCCUCCAGCCCAUGGGCAACCAGGGAUCUUCUCCAGGGGCCCCCGGCUCAUGCUCCGGCUCUGCCCUAGGGGGGUCGGGGCCCCAGCACAGCGGCUCCCUGCCGGAAGAGGACGAGCACGCCCGUACCAAGCUGUUCCACAAGAGCAUGGCCACGGUGGAGCUGUUUGUGUUCCUGUUUGCUCCGCUUAUUCAUCGCAUAAAGGAGUCAGAUCUGACCUUCCGAUUGGCCAGCGGUCUGGUGAUAUGGCAGCCAAUGUGGGAGCACCGCCAGCCUGACAUCUCUGCCUUUACUGCACUCAUAAAACCAGUCAGAAACAUUGUGACAGCAAAGAGGAACUCCCCAGUCAACAACCAGUGCAGCCCCUGUGGAUCUGGCAACCCUGGUCCCAUGGGCUUCCAGGUGGUUUGCGAGGCGGCCCAAUCAGAUUCCUCCUCCCCCGCUUCUGGUGAGCGGAGCUGUCGUCGUGGUAACUCGGUCGAGAAAGGCGGGCCUUCCCAACAACCCCCACCAGUGAAAGGCCCUUCCAAGAAAAAGACCUCUGCUCCUGCGGGCCUGCCCACCUCCCUGUCCCAAAGAGCGCGCUAUGCCACCUACUUUGACGUUGCGGUGCUGCGCUGCCUGCUGCAGCCACACUGGACGGAAGAGGGCGUGCACUGGGCCCUCAUGUUCUACCUGCAGCGCCUGAGGCAGAUCCUGGAGGAGAGACCCGAACGCACCCCGGAACCCUUGGUCACACCUCUGCCGCGGCCCCGCAGCAGCUCCAUGGUGGCCGCCACACCUUCACUGGUCAACACCCACAAGACUCAGGAUAUGAGCCUGAAAUGUAACGAAGAGGGAAAAUCUCUUAGCACCGAGACGUUCACGAAGGUUUCUCUUACCAGCCUCCGUCGACAGGCGGUCCCUGACAUCUCCGCCGACCUUGGCAUGAACAUUUUCAAGAAGUUCAAGAACCGGCGUGAUGACCGUGAGAGAAAGGGCUCAAUACCCUACCAUCAAGCUGGGAAGAAGCGUCAGCGGCGUAUGGGGGUUCCCUUCCUGCUCCACGAGGACCACCUGGACGUCUCCCCGACCCGCAGCACCUUCUCCUUCGGGAGCUUCUCAGGCCUGGGCGACGAUCGGCGGGCUCUGGAACGCGGGGGCUGGCAGGCCACCAUCAUGGGCAAAUUCACACGGAGGGGCAGCACAGACACAGCUGCGGACGCCGACAGCCUGAGUGCCAAACACUCUCACUCCCACCACUCGCUGCUCAGAGACAUGCCCGACCACUCCAACAGCCACAGCGAUAACACCGUCAAAGAGGUUCGAUCCCAGAUCUCCACCAUCACUAUGGCGGCGUUCAACACCACGGUGGCAUCCUUCAACGUUGGAUACGCCGACUUCUUCACGGAGCACAUGAAGAAGCUCUGUAACCCCGCCACCGUCUCCGAGAACCCAGUGGAGCCGCUGGCCUGUGCCAACCUGCCGCGCAGCUUCACCGACUCCUGCAUCAACUACUCAUGUCUGGAGGAAGGGGAGAACAUCGAGGGGACCAAUAACUUUGUGCUGAAGAACGGCAUGCUGGACCUCUCUGCUGUCUUGCGGGCUCUCUACGCCGUCCUCAGCCACGACAUCAGCUCCAGGAUCUGCGACGUGGCCCUCAACAUCAUCGACUGCCUGCUGCAGCUGGGCGUGGUGCCCUGCAUUGGGAAGAAGAUGUCCAAGCCCGACAACAAGGAGAACCAGGAGGCGCGAGCUAAAGACGCAGCAGGUCAAGGCCUGGGAGGAGGAGCCCAGGGUGGGGGGGGCGUUCCCGGAGCUGGUGGAGGGGGAGAUGGAGGCGGAGGUGGAGGUGGUGGUGGUGGAGGAGGGGGGGGGAGUGGUGGAGGAGGGAGUGGACAGGGGAGCAAGGACAAUGUGGAGAAUAACAAGGAUAAUGAUAAAAAGGAGGAAGGCUUUGGCUUCAGCCCGCACCGACUGGCUCUGACCAUGCUCAUCAAGAUAGUGAAGUCUCUGGGAUGUGCUUACGGCUGUGGGGAGGGGCACCGCGGGUUGUCUGGAGAUCGCCUCAGGAUGCAGGCUCAGAACUGCCUGACCAGCCUUUAUAAGCUGGACAAGGUGCAGUUUCGACAGACAAUGCGCGAGCACGUCAACAAAGACUCACUCAAUAACAUUGUGGACUUCCUGCACGCACUGCUGGGCUUCUGUAUGGAGCCCAUUACCGACAACAAGGCCGGCUUCGGGAACAACUUCACCACGGGGGACAACAAGUCCGUUGCCCAGAACAUGGAGGCGGUGGUGGUGGGCUGCAUGUUCAAGUCCCUCAUCACCCGCUGUGCCUCCACCACACACGAGCUGCACAGCCCUGAGAACCUGGGUCUGUACUGCGACAUUCGCCAGCUGGUGCAGUUCAUCAAGGAGGCUCAUGGGAACGUGUUCCGCAGGGUGGCACUGAGCGCGCUCCUGGACAGCGCAGAGAAAGUCGCCACCACCAAGAAACCCGAGGAGAAGGAAGAGAGCAAGCAGCCCGGAGCCAGGAGGUCAGAGGCGGGUGUGUCCGGGGAGAAGGGUCAGGUGUCCAGUGCUGCAGAUGAGUGUCGCAGCUACAUCUCCAGUAGACCCCCCCAGACACCCGAACAUGAUGAGCAGAUCCCCGGCGCUCUGCUGGGCAGGAAGGACUUCUGGAGGAAGAUGUUCAAGUCGCAGAGCGCCGCCAGUGACACCAGCAGCCAAUCAGAGCAGGACACGUCAGAGUGCACCACCGCCCACUCCGGCACCACCACCGACCGGCGCUCCCGUUCAAGAUCCCGACGCAUCUCGCUACGCAAGAAACUGAAGCUGCCGAUAGGCAACUGGCUGAAGCGUUCGUCUCUGUCUGGACUGACGGACGGUGUUGAGGACCUUCUGGACAUCAGCUCCGUGGAUCGGCUGUCCUUUAUACGUCAGAGUUCAAAGGUGAAGUUCACCAGUGCAGUGAAAAUGUCUGAAAGCGGUGCAGUUGGGCCGGAGUUCGCCAGGGACGAGGAGGAGAAUUUCUUCAAGCGGCUCGGACCCCACGGUUUUCAGGAGCGCCUAGCAGCCAGUCAGGAGGCGAUGAAGAACAAGAACGUGGUGAAUUUAGGUGCCAUUCGACAGGGAAUGAAACGCUUCCAGUUCCUGCUUAACUGCUGCGAGCCGGGAACCAUACCGGACGCCUCUAUCCUCGCUGCUGCUCUGGACUUGGAAGCUCCAGUUGUGGCCCGGGCCUCCCUUUUCCUUGAAUGCGCCCGAUUUGUCCACCGCUGUAACCGUGGCAACUGGCCUGAGUGGAUGAAGGGUCACCACGUGAACAUCACCAAGAGAGGGCUGUCCAGGGGCCGAUCGCCUAUAGUGGGUAACAAAAGAAAUCAGAAACUCCAGUGGAACGCCGCCAAGCAAUUCUGCCAGUGGGGAGACGCUAUCGGCACCAGGCUCAGUGAACUCUGUCACUCUGACAGCGAGAGCCCUGCUAACAUCCUGGGCUACAUUUUCGAUGAAGAGACCAAACGGAGAAUGAGAAAAGAAGACGAGGAAGAGGACUAUUUAGAUGACAACACAGUCAAUCCAACGAAAUGCGGCUGCCCCUUUGCUCUAAAGAUGGCCGCCUGCCAGCUGUUGUUGGAAAUCACCACCUUCCUGCGGGAGACCUUUCCCUGCUUACCACGCCCACGCACUGAACCUCUCGUGGAUCUGGACAGCUGCCGCUUGCGUCUGGACCCUGACCUCGGACGCCAACGCUACGAGAGGAAGAUCAGCUUUGCAGGUAUCCUUGACGACGAGGACGGCCACGAUUCGCUCAACAGCAGCAGCCACACGCUGAAGUCCGACACCGCCUGCGACGAGAAGAAGCCGCAGGAAGUUCAAGCACCGACCCGUAAGAUUCGCAUCGGAGGCUCCCGGCUGCUUCAGAUCAAAGGAGCGCGCAGUUUCCGGAUAAAGAAAGGCGGCUCCUUGUCGUCCAUACGCCGGGCCGGGAGCCUCAAGAGCACCAAGAUGCCCCGUCAGGACUCUGAGUCAGAGAACGAUGACGGGCUGCUGUCACAAACACAAAGCAGGGACACUGUUACUGACAUAGGCAGUCCCUUUAGCACCAGCGAACCCAGCAUAGAACCAGAGGGCCAAGGCUCAGGAGGAGGAGAGGACAACUACCACCGCAACAUGUCCUGGCUCCACAUUAUGAUCCUGCUGUGCAACCAGCAGAGCUUCAUCUGCACCCACAUAGACUUCUGCCACCCCCGCUGCUACCAGCACCACAGCCGCUCCUGCGCCCGUCUGGUGCGCGCCAUCAAGCUGGUGUACGGCGAGACGGUGGACAGCCUGAGAGAGGACAGCGCCUCCUCCGGUAACAUCGGGCAACGUGCCAAGAAGACCAAAGAGUGUUCAGACAAGUCUUGCCUGAGGACCCCGUCCAUGAAGAGGAGACCCACCGACUCCAACACAGAAGGGAAGAAGGACACUGGCAUGCUCAAGUACAUCCGCAACCAGGUGAUGAGCCUGUCUCCAGCUCCUCUGUCGCUGCUGAUCAAAGCUGCUCCCAUCUUGACCGACGACAUGUACGGAGACAUCCAGCCCGCCGCCUGGGAGCUGCUGCUCAGUGUGGACGAGCAUAUGGCAGCGGCUGCUGCUGCCAUGUUCCUCCUGUGCGCCGUAAAGGUCCCCGACGCGGUGACCGAAAUGAUGAUGGCGGAGUUCCAGCACGCGGAGGCCUGCCAGCGCAUCAACUCCAUCCUGAAGUUUAACACACUGUGGCGCUUCCGCUACCAGGUGUGGCCUCGCAUGGAGGAGGGGGCACAGCAGAUCUUUAAGAUCCCUCCACCCAGCAUCAACUUCACUCUGCCAUCUCCUAUACUGGGCAUGCCCUGUGUUCCCAUAUUUGACCCCCCCUGGGUGCCCCAGAACACAGGCAACGUCCAGGACCCCAUCAAUGAAGACCAGUCCAAAUCCUUCUCGGCGCGGGCCGUGUCGCGCUCCCACCAGCGGGCCGAGCACAUCCUGAGGAACCUGCAGCAGGAGGAGGAGAAGCGACGCCUGGGCCGCGAGGCCAGCAUCAUCACCGCCAUCCCCGUGGCUCAGGAGGCCUGCUACGAGCCCACGUGCAGCCCCCCGCCCGAGCAGGAGGAAGAAGAAGAAGUGGUGAACCUGGCGUCUCGUCGUCUGUCCGUCAGCCCGUCCUGCGCCUCCAGCAACUCACACAGGAACUACUCCUUCCGCCGGGGUUCUGUGUGGUCUGUCCGCUCGGUGGCCAGCGCUGAAGAAGAACAGAACACAACAGAACACACUCCUACUCACCACAUGCUACAGCCGCCCCAAGCUGUCUUCCCAGCAUGCAUCUGUGCUGCGGUCUUGCCCAUAGUGCACCUCAUGGAGGACGGAGAGGUGCGAGAGGAUGGUGUGGCCGUGAGUGCUGUUGCCCAACAAAUCCUGUGGAACUGCCUGAUUGAAGAUCCUGCCCUGGUUCUCCGUCACUUCCUGGAAAAACUGACAGUGAGCAACAGACAGGAUGAGCUGAUGUACAUGCUGAGGAAGCUCCUGCUCAACAUAGGAGAUCUCCCAGCCCAGACUUCUCAUAUCCUCUUCAACUACCUGGUGGGACUCAUCAUGUACUUUGUGCGGACUCCGUGUGAGUGGGGAAUGGACGCCAUCUCGGCCACGCUGACCUUCCUGUGGGAGGUGGUGGGCUUUGUGGAGGGGCUCUUCUUCAAGGACCUCAAGCAAACCAUGAAGAAGGAGCAGUGUGAGGUCAAGCUGCUGGUCACCGCAUCCAUGCCAGGAACCAAAACACUGGUGGUGCACGGUCAGAACGAGUGUGAUAUCCCAACACAGCUUCCAGUGCAUGAAGACACUCAGUUUGAAGCUCUGCUCAAGGAGUGCCUGGAAUUCUUCAACAUUCCCGAAGCCAGAUCAGCACAUUACUUCCUCAUGGACAAACGAUGGAACCUCAUCCAUUAUAGCAAGACAUAUGUUAGGGACAUCUACCCCUUCCGGAGGUCAGUGUCUCCCCAGCUCAACCUGGUCCACAUGCUGCCCGAGAAAGGACAGGAGCUCAUCCAGAAACAGGUGUUUUCCCGUAAACUAGAGGAAGUCGGUCGUGUCCUCUUCCUCAUCUCCCUCACACAACACAUGCCCGCCGUGCACAAGCAGUCCCACGUGUCCCUGCUGCAGGAAGACCUCCUCCGCCUACCAUCUUUCCCUCGAACCGCCAUCGAUGCCGAGUUCUCGCUGGUCAAUGAGCCACAAGGUAAGGAGCUGUUUGGAUUGGACACCCUCCACAAGGUGCUGUGGAUCAAGCUGCUGGAGGAGAUGUUUCUGGGCAUGCCCAGUGAGUACCCGUGGGGCGACGAGAUGAUGCUCUUCCUCAACGUCUUCAACGGGGCUCUGCUGCUGCACCCGGAGGACAGCGCCCUCAUCAGGCAGUACACCGCCACUGCCAUCAACACCGCCGUCCACUUCAACCACCUGUUCUCCCUCAGCGGCUACCAGUGGAUCCUGCCCACCAUGCUGCAGGUCUACGCUGACUAUGAGAGCGACCCGUUACUGAGGCAAGGCAUCGAGUUCUGCUGCCAGCAGUUCUACAUCCUCCACCGCAAACCCUUCAUCAUGCAGCUGUUCGCCAGCGUGGCUCCAUUGCUGGAAUUCACAACCAGCACCAGUACCGGCCUGUCUAAAGGAGUGUCAGCUCAGUGUCUGUUUGACCUGCUGAUCUCUCUGGAGGGGGAAACUAAGGACGCACUAGACGCUUUGGAGUUGGUGAAGGCUGAGAAACCUCUACGCUCUCUAGAUUUUUGCUAUGGUAAUGAAGACUUGGCCUUCUCCAUCAGCGAGGCCAUCAAGCUGUGUGUCACCGUGGUGGCCUACGCCCCUGAAUCCUUCCGGAGUCUGCAGAUGCUGAUGGUGCUGGAGGCUCUGGUGCCUUGCCACCUGCAGAAGCUGAAGAGCAACACGGUCACGAUGGAGUCCGCCUCAGCCGCCAGAGAUGAGAUUGCAGCAAUCGCUGCUCUGGCCACAUCGCUGCAGGCCCUCCUCUACAGCUCAGAGACCCUCACUAGGCCCAUGACGGCACCCCAGCUGUCCCGCUGUGAUCAGGGCCAUAAAGGAGGCACCACAGCGAACCACGCCAUGUCCGGAGGGCUCAACACCAGGGACAACCUCCACCUGUUGGAGGAGGGCCAGGGCAUGCCGAGGGAGGAGCUGGACGAGCGCAUGGCCAGGGAGGAGUUCCGCCGGCCCCGGGAGUCGCUGCUAAACAUCUGCACCGAGUUCUACAAGCACUGCGGCCCCCGACUCAAAAUCCUGCAGAACGUCGCCGGUGAGCCACGGGUCACGGCCCUGGAGCUGCUGGACAUCAAGUCCCACAUGAGUGUCAUUUGUGUUUUGGUCUUUUUUAAUAUUCAUAAAAAUGUGCUGUUAUCUGGGUGCGGGGUGGUGUUGUAUGGGUGGGUGUUUUCCAGGAGACAGGUGGAGUGGGAGGCUGCCAGCAACCUGAUCGAGGGGAUCUGCCUGACCCUGCAGCGACAGCCAAUCAUCUCCUUCCUGCCUCACCUCCGCUCGCUCAUCAACGUCUGCGUCAACCUGGUGAUGGGUGUGGUCGGUCCCUCCAGCGUGGCAGACGGGCUUCCUCUCCUCCACCUCAGCCCUUACCUGUCCCCCCCGCUGCCCUUUAGCACAGCCGUGGUGCGACUGGUCGCCCUGCAGAUCCAGGCCUUAAAGGAGGACUUUCCUCUCAGUCAUGUGAUCUCACCUUUCACCAACCAGGAGAGGCGAGAGGGGAUGCUGCUCAACCUGCUUAUUCCCUUUGUGCUCACUGUGGGCUCUGGAAGCAAAGACAGCCCCCACCUGGAGCCGCCGGAGAUCUUCCUGCUCCUCCAGACGGUCAUCAACAUCCUCCUGCCUCCUCGCAUCAUCUCCACCUCCCGCACCAAGAACUUCAUGCUGGACGCCUCCCCGGCCCACUGCUCCACCCCGGGCGACACGGGGAAGGACCUGCGCAGAGAGGGAUUAGCAGAGUCCACCAGCCAGGCGGCGUAUCUGGCUCUGAAGGUGGUGUUGGUUUGCUUUGAGCGGUCGUUGGGGAACCAGUGGUACCGGCUCAGCCUGCAGGUGAAGGAGAUGGCUCUGAGGAAGGUGGGCGGCCUGGCAUUCUGGGACUUCAUCGACUUCAUCGUCCGAACCCGCAUCCCCAUCUUCGUCCUGCUGCGACCCUUCAUCCAGUGCAAGUUGUUGACGCAGCCUGCUGACUCCCAGGAGGAGAUCACGGCGCGCCACCACAUCGCCGACCAGCUGGAGCGGAGAUUCAUCCCUCGACCUCUCUGCAAGAGCUCGCUGUUCGCUGAGUUCAACAAUGAACUCAAGAUCCUGAAGGAGGCUGUGCACAGCGGCUCAGCCUACCAGGGCAAGACCUCCAUCAGCACGGUGGGCACCUCUACAUCAGCGUACCGCCUCAGUUUGGCCACGAUGUCGCGCUCCAACACGGGCACCGGCACAGUGUGGGAGCAGGAGAGCCAGCCGUCACGCCAGCCCUCCCAGGACACACUGAGCCGCACCGACGAGGACGACGAAGAGAGUCAGUCACAAUCCAAUUAUCUUUUUGACAUCCGUAGUAAAUAGGGUGACCAGGUGUUUAACAAGC